UGUAUCUUUCUUAACUUCAUAUAUAUAUAUAUAAGUAUAAUAACGUUAACACGAUAUUCAAUGGUUUUUCCCUCUCCCUCCCCAUCAAGAGUUCUGUUCAUUUCAAAGUGCAUAUACUAAAUGUAUAUACAUAUAUAUUUUAUAGUUAUAAUAGAGGAACAUGUUAGAUACAAAUUAAAUUCAAUUUUUUUUUUUUUUUUUUUUUUUUUUUCUUGAAAAAUAUCGAUAAUCAGAUUUUGAACGUUCAUCGUUUUACAAGUUUUUCUAGUUAUUUUUUAUCUUGAUUCGAAACACCGUUGAAACACGUGCUUCCGGUGUCAUAUGUAAGCAGCGCCACUAAUUCUAGGGAAAAUGAUUUGAUUGAGUCCGUUUUGUAAUUAGUUACAUGCAAAGAUACGAUGGCUAAAUAUUUAAUACAAAUUAUUAUAACUGGAACGCAAGUUAUCGGUAAAGCUUUUAUACGAGCAAUACGUCAAGAAUUAGCAGCAAGUGAAGAGGCUGCACGUAGAGCCGGAGGAGGUGAAAGAGGUGCACGACAUGCAGCCACUAACCUACGUACAGGCAUGACUUUGAAUGAAGCAUUACGUAUUCUUAACGUAGAACGACCUGAUCAAACGGAACUAAUUGAACAAAAUUAUAAAUAUUUAAUGGAGGCAAAUGACAGAUCCAGAGGUGGGUCAUUUUAUUUACAAUCUAAAGUUGUCAGAGCAAAAGAACGCAUCGACGAAGAAAUGAAAUAUCAACCACCAUCUCCAAAUAUAAAUUCAACUAAACAAGAAGCUUCUAAAACGUUCUAGUAUACUUACCUAUAAAUAUAAAUUCUUCUAUUGAAUUCUAGGAAUCUGUACAUAUUAUGAUAUAUAAUACCAUUAAUAAAUACUA